AAGUCGGACCGGAAGCAGCGUGAGGUUAGCGAAUCAUUUUCCUAAGUGCUGCAACUGAGGAGUUUCUAUCGGGGCAUUUCUCUUGCUGGAAAAGUUUUGUCUUGAAUUAAGUUUGUUUGCUGGACAAACAAAAUGUUGCGCAGUGCUUCAGUGCAGAUGUUCCGGCAGCUGGUGAGAAACAGGAGCACAGAUGCAAACCUCAUUCUGGAGAGAUCGAUAAACCGAGUGCAGCUGCUGGGGCGAGUCGGACAGGACCCUGUGAUGAGACAAGUGGAGGGCCGGAACCCCGUCACCAUCUUCUCACUGGCCACAAAUGAGAUGUGGCGCUCGGGGGACGGAGAGACAAGCUCAACAGGUGAUGUCAGCCAGAAGACGACGUGGCACCGCGUCUCAGUGUUCAAACCGGGUCUGAGGGACGUCGCAUACCAGUACGUCAAGAAAGGGUCCAGGAUUCUUGUGGAGGGAAAGCUGGACUAUGGAGAAUAUGUGGACAAAAACCAAGUCAGACGUCAGGCCACCACCAUCAUCGCAGACAACAUUGUUUUCCUGAGUGACAACAUCAGAGACCGAACCUGAGCGACUCUCCUUCUUGCAUCCAACUACGGGACAACUUCUAGUUUUACUUUUCUUCCUCGUACCAAAAUAAGACUUAAGUACAAACAAAGUUAAAGAACUGUUUAGUAUGAAGGGGGGCUUUAGAAGUGAUCACAUUGGACUGUUGGGCCCUCUGCUGGUGGAAAUGAAGGCGUUAAGGAGGAGAAGAAAGAAGAUUGGUCAACAACACGUUUGAUUGUUCUAUAUGUACAUAGCAGCAGUUUAAAGCUGUAAAUAAACACGGGCUGUUGUGUUUUACUUUUAAGGUUUUCACUUUACAAACGGUUACCCGUGGGCUGUUUGUUAAUCCAUCUAAGCUGCUUCAAAGUUUUCUUCAGUUUAAAAAGCUGAACGAUUCGUUUGGAGCAACAUUUGUUUGUAUUAAAGAACAGUAUUUGAUUUAUAUGUUUUCUUUUAAAUUUUA